CCGCACAUUUCUUCGACAAGAUAUCACCAUUCACCAGCACCGGCCAUGGCCAUGAACCAGCUCUUCCUCCUCCUCCUCGUGGCUGCAGCCUCCAUAGUGGCCUCUUCGGCCACCAACACCACGAGCAACUCCACGGCUCCAAGUCCAACGGCAUACGAGAUGCUGGGGAAGUACGGCUUCCCGCCGGGCAUCCUCCCGCAAGGUGUUCGACAUUAUGUCCUCCACCCGGACGGCUCCUUCAAUGUAUCCCUCCCAGGCGACUGCGAGAUCAAGGUCGCCGGCUAUACGCUCCGGUACAGAAGCAUCAUACACGGGAACAUCAAGUCCUUGCUGAUUAGCGAGCUGGACGGGCUGAGCUUCAAGCUGGUAAUCCAAUCCGUAGGAGGGAAUCUAGGCGUCAGCGAAGUUAAGCGCGAGGGCGACGAUCUCAGGUUCCAAGCAGGCGUGGUGUCCAAGUCGUUUCCGUUUUCCGAUUUCGCCGUCAGCCGGCGUUGCAAUUGAUUUACGUUCUGAAGUAAAGUGUGCGCGCAGCAGCAUAUGGCCGAAGGGUUAUGGGCUUGUUUAUUCGCGUGGCGUUUUGUUUCCUGUGACUUGCACAUAUGCUGUUGUUUCAAAUUAUUAUCAAUAAG